GCUGCGGGGGGCGGCAUGGCGGCGGUGGGGCGGGAGCCGGGGGUCGCGGCGGGGGGGCCGUUCCGCCCGCUGAGCGCCGACGACGAGGAGCAGCUGCCGACCGAGCUGGAGUCGCUGUGCAUGGCCUGCUUCCGCCAGGGCACCACGCGGCUCCUGCUGACCCGCAUCCCCUUCUUCCGGGAGGUCAUCGUCGGCUCCUUCGCCUGCGGCAGCUGCGGCUGCACCAACGCCGAGGUCCAGUCGGCCGGACGCAUCCAGGCGCGCGGGGUCCGCUACGCGCUGGCCGUCAAGAGCCGGCAGGACAUGAACAGGGCGGUGGUGAAGACGGACUCUGCCACCGCUGGCGUCCCGGAGCUGGACUUCGAAAUCCCCGCUUUUUCUCAGAAGGGAGUUCUUACCACCCUGGAAGGGAUCCUUGACAGAGCAAUAGCAGGGCUGGAGCAGGAUCAGCUUCACCGCAGAAAAAUGGACACUGAAGUGGCAGGAAAAAUCGACGAAUUCAUCUCCAAGUUGAAAGGCCUGAAGGAAGCGGAAUCGGCUUUCACAUUUAUUCUUGAUGAUCCUUCGGGAAACAGUUUUGUGGAGAACCCUCAUGCGCCGCAGAAGGACGAGGCCCUGGAGGUCACCCACUACAGGAGGACGGCCGAGCAAGCAGCUCUGCUUGGACUAGAGGAAGAGGGCUUGGAGGAGGAUCCAGCCGACCCUGCAGAGGACCUGAGGAACGAGGUACUGCAGUUCGGCACCAACUGCCCCGAAUGCAACGCUCCCACCAGCACAAACAUGAAGCUGGUGCAGAUUCCCCAUUUCAAGGAAGUCAUCAUCAUGGCUACAAACUGCGAUGCCUGUGGGCACAGAACAAACGAGGUAAAAUCCGGGGGAGGCAUCGAGCCUUUGGGCACCAAGAUAACCCUUCAUGUGACGGGCCCUGCAGACAUGAUGAGGGACGUUCUAAAGUCGGAAACCUGCAGGAUAGAGAUUCCAGAGCUGGAGUUUGAGAUAGGAAUGGGAGCUCUGGGUGGAAAAUUCACCACUCUAGAAGGGUUGAUGAAGGACAUCCAGGCUCUGGUGGAGAAGAACCCCUUCACCCUGGGGGACGCCUCUUGCCCUGGCAAAGCAGCAAAACUGCAUGCGUUUGGGAAGAAGCUCCAGCAGAUCGUAGAUGGGCAGGUGAAGGUGCAUCUUGUUCUGGAUGACCCUGCAGGAAACAGUUACCUUCAGAAUCUCUAUGCUCCUGAAGAAGACCCGGAGUUGUGUGUGGAGCGAUACGAGCGGCAGUUUGAACAGAACGAGGAGCUGGGCCUGAAUGACAUGAAAACAGAGGGCUACGAGGCAGAUGUUUCUUCCCCUCAGUAGCCAAGCUGACCACUUGGACACGGCAUGGAAAGCCACAGACUGUUGGGUUUCAAGCUUCUGUCGACCCACUUUUCUUUGGCAAGCAGUAGCUUGAUUGACUCUGCCCCUUCCGUAGAAGGCAGGCUGGCUGGACUCCACUAUUAAAACCGAAGCAGGGAA